GACGUGUCCUAAAAUAUGAAAUCCAAAUCAAAUUUUUCGUGUAAAAUGGUUUUAUUUAUGAUAUUUAAUUACAUUUAAAGUGAAGUUAUUAAUUCUGGAUUAGUAGUAAUCAUCCUGGAAAUAUGGAUUUCCUCAAAAGUGGUUUAAAAACUGUGUUAGGGGCACCCGAACCUGGUCAACAGCCGUCGGUGGCUGAAACGGUGGAGAGGUUGAUUGAACGUGUCACCAAUUCGACGCUGCUAGAAGAUCGCCGGGAUGCUUGUAGAGCCUUAAAGGCUUUGUCACGUAAAUACAGAUUAGAAGUUGGUGCACAUGGGUUGGAUGCUUUGAAACAGGUGCUAGAAUUGGAUAGAGCAGACAAUGAAACUGUGAACUAUGCCCUGGACACCGUCAACAAUAUUGUGUGUCCAUCACAAUUUGAAGACGAAGAGAACAAACCGAACAUACCACCUAACAUCGGUGAACAAUUCACAGAGAUGUUCAUCAAAGACCCUCACAACAUACAGCUAGUGCUUGAUCUACUAGACGAGUAUGACUUUAGAGUAAGACUAUCUGCUGUGCAACUCCUAAUUUCCCUUCUCACAAAUAGGACAAAAGAUAUUCAAGAGAUCAUUCUUGACAAACCAAUGGGUGUCUCAAAGAUGAUGGACCUCCUAGGAGACACGAGAGAAGUGAUACGUAAUGAAGCACUGUUAUUGCUAGUCAAAUUGACAAAAGGUAAUGCCAACAUACAAAAAAUUGUAGCUUUUGAGAAUGCAUUUGACAGGCUCUUCGAGAUUGUAUCCAGUGAAGGCUACUCUGACGGUGGCAUAAUAGUGGAAGACUGUUUGCUACUUAUGUUGAAUCUUUUAAGAAACAACAGCAGCAACAUAACUUUCUUCAAGGAGGGUAGUUUUAUACAGAAGAUGGUGCCAAUGUUUAAUAUCCCUGAGGAAACAGAGGAGCUUGGUUGGUCACCACAAAAAGUAUCAAAUGUUCAUUGUAUGCUUCAACUGGUACGGACUUUGGUAUCACCGACUCUGUCUAUACAAAUUAUAUCGGGAUGCCAAAAGAUUAUGAAGAAUGCUGGCUUGCUAGAAUCCUUGUGUAAUAUAUUGAUGGCCAGUGGAGUGCCAGCUGAUAUAUUGACAGAGACAAUAAAUACUGUGGGUGAAGUAGUGAGAGGUGAUGUGAACAAUCAAGACUUUCUGGGGAAUGUGAUUGCGCCUUCGUAUCCGCCGCGACCAGCAAUUAUUGUUCUAUUGAUGUCUAUGGUCAAUGAAAAACAGCCUUUCCCUCUAAGGUGUGCAGUGUUAUACUGUUUCCAAUGCUAUCUCUACCACAACGAAAUGGCACAAGCCAGCUUGGUUCAAACACUCCUGCCAUCAUCAACUGACGUGUCUAGCCUGACCAGUGGUCAGAUUCUCUGUGGUGGGUUAUUCUCAUCCGACGUGCUAUCCAACUGGUUCUCAGCAGUCGCUCUGAUGCACGCAUUGAUAGAUAACCCUGCGCAGAAAGAGCAGCUGUUGAGAGUGUUGCUAGCCACCAAUGUCGGUAGCACUCCAGUGUCUCUUCUACAUCAAUGCACUCUGUUGUUACAACAGACUACAAAACUCCAGGCGAAGGUAGGUCUGUUGAUGCUGCUGUCUGCCUGGCUGAGCCACUGCCCGGCGGCGGUGAGCGCGUUCCUGGCGGCGCCGGGCGGCGUCGGCUACCUCGUGCACCAGACGUGCUCUAAUGAGCAUGAUGACACUGAGUUCCUGUUGCAGGGCAUGUGUGCGUUCGUGCUCGCCCUCUGCGUACAGUUCAACGACGACAGCGGCAGCCAAUCCCGAGCCGCGGUUCGCGCUCUGUGCACGCGCGGUGACGUGUGCGCCCGCCUCGCUGACCUAUCACGUCACGAGCUGUACGCACGCGCCGCUAAAAGCCCCGCCCCCCGCGCCUCCGCCCCCUCACAGUUACUGCUGGAUUACGAGUUCUGCCGCCUCUGCAAGAUGCUUGAGAGUGGUCUCAUUCAAAGUCUAACGGCGGUGGAGAACGGUUCAGCGCCAGAGGGCGAGGGAGUAGAGCUGGAGCGGUACAAGAGCCUCAUCCGACAGCAGGACGCGCGCCUGCACGAGCUGCUGCAGCAGAUGGACAGCCUCGUGCACCACAACACCGCGCUGCAGAGUUCACUCAACGACUCAAUAGCGGCCAAUUCUCUACUGAAGGAUGAGAAUACGCUACUAAAAGCACAAAUGUCGGCAAACAGCCAUCAUUCCCAAGUGCCUAAUGUGGCACAACCAGACCCGAGGUUGGGAGAGUACGAGCAGAAAAUACAACAGCUGACGGCCGAAGUGACAAGACUAAAUGGCGAGUUGACAGCUCUGAAGGAGAAGGAAAAGCAAUCAGCGGAAGAGUUAGAAAAGAUUAAAAAAGACCAAGACGACUUGUUGGAGUUGUUGGCUGAUCAGGACAUGAAGCUGAAUGAAUACAAGAUGCGUCUCGUAUCGCUCGGACAGGCGGUCGAAGAUGAAUCAACGCACGACAAGUAGUCGUUAUUUGUAUGAAGCUAGAAAACGCUUUAAAGUAAAGCCUGACCAGGAAAAUUAAAAGGACUUUAUUAAAGAAACUGUAAUGCUUCUUUGGAUAAAAUCUAGUAAACGUGACAUGAAAUUCUGA